UUUCCCUCCCAUCGCAUCCUGCCUCAGCACUUCCCAAGCACUCUUGCUCGCACCGACCCCGUCGCUGUCGCUGCUACCUACUACCACAGCGCCUCGCUUACUUGCCUCCCGCGACUCUCCCCCUCCCGCUUCCUGCCUGCCCCUGGCUCCUCGACCUGCUCGCAAUCUACCCAGCUCUCCCACCCACGAUGGACGCUACCGACCACUCGCUGCUACCGGCCUCCGAUGUCGUCUCGGCCACCAACGCACACGCCGAUGUGCAUCCGGGCGCCUCAGCCAAUGCCACUAGUUCCACGACAAAGUGCGACUCGGCCCUGCACGAAUCCAUGCUCGAGACCCCCGAUGGGGUUCCUGAAUUGGAGACCGAUCCCAUCGACUAUGCCGCCGAGGAAGCCGAGGCGGCCCUCAGGAGCGGCUUCCGGAUCGGUUUCAGCGAAGAUCGGAACAGACGAUACCGAAGAACCAUGGAGGAUGCACAUUCGUAUUUUUACAACUUUGAAGAGAUCGAGGCCCAAGGCUGGUUCGCUGUAUUCGACGGCCAUGCCGGCAAGGCUGCCGCCGAAUGGUGCGGAAACAACUUGCACGAGACAUUUGCCGGUAUCCUGCAGUCUCAGCCCGCUCGCACAGUCCCAGAGCUCAUGAACGAGGCCUUUGUUGAGACGGACAAACAGCUGGGCGAGCGAAAGGGCAUGUUUUCGGGCUGCACGGCUGUUGUUGGCUUUGUCCGGUUGGAGGACGACCGAGCAGUGGAUUCAACUCCCUCUACCAACACCACUCCUGGGCAGCCGGCAGAUAGCCUGCCGGUCGGCGAAACCAAGCCGCCGCGACGGCGACGAGUUCUGUACACGGCCAAUGUUGGCGAUGCCAGGGCUGUACUAUGCCGAAACGGCGUUGCUGUGCGGCUCUCAUACGACCACAAGGGCUCUGACCAGAACGAAGCCCGCCGCGUGGUAGAGACAGGAGGAUUUGUGAUGAACAACCGAGUCAACGGCGUGCUGGCUGUUACUCGAUCUCUGGGAGACUUGGCGAUGAAGGAAUGGGUUCUCGGCAACCCGUACACGACCGAGACCGUCCUGGACGAUGACGACACCUUCCUGAUUCUGGCAUGCGACGGGGUCUGGGACGUCUGCACGGACCAGGAGGCCGUCGACCUGAUCAAGGACAUCGCCGAGCCGCAGCAGGCUGCCGAGAAUCUCCUCGACCAUGCUCUGGCCCAGUUCUCGACCGACAAUCUCUCGGUGCUCGUCAUCCGCUUUGACAAGAACACGUACGAGUAGACCGAGCCCAGCCAUUGAAUCCUCUCUCUCCCACGGCAUCCAAGGCGGCGCUCGCUCGUCGGGGGCGGAAUAGAGACCAAGGCCGCGGGUCUCAUGUAUGUCCCCACGAUAAUCUCCCACUCCCUCGCCCGAGCACUCCGCACACUCCAUCUUUCUUCUGGCAGUAACAGCAGCAGCACCGGCAGCAGCA